UCUAGGACAAUAUACUUCAAUAAUAUUUACCGGAAAAUACAAUGCGUGAAUAAAAGUGUGCAUCUGCGAAGCAGUCAUAUAAUAAUAUAACAUAUUGAACCUAAUACAGAGAGACAUUUGUGUACGAGUAUAAAAACUGGCUGUGUUUGGCGAAUUAAAUAUACAUACGGAGAGCUGGUAACCAAUAAAAAAAUGAAGACAUCAGAGUGUUUCGUAAAAAAUAAUUAGAAAACUGUCACAUUGGUAUUAUUAAAAUAAUUCAACAUCAAUAAAACACUUUAUAAAAUGCAAAUAUAUUAUGUAUACUGUUUGUAUUGACAGUCAUAUUUAAUUGACAUAUUGAAUUAAUAGGUGCAGGUUGUUCACUUUCAAACGUGAAUAUAAAUGUAACACAACAAUUAAGGAUAAUGCAUUGGGUUAACCCGAUGGGAUCUGUAAAAACUAUUGGAACCGGAAUAUGUAGUUACAGUGUUUUAGAAAUGAUCGAUUACGGAAGUUUCGGAGAUAUUUUCAAGAUCAGUAAGAACCAAGACAAGAAGGUAUAUGCAAUGAAGCAGAUCAAAUACCGCGGGGACUUUCGAGAUGACGCCUAUAUCAUGAGCGAAAUCUAUUGUCUAUCCCGCCUAAAGCAUAGGAACAUCAUUGCCAUGCACGAUAUUGUGAUUGAUGUCAAUGAAAUUCAUAUCAUAAUGGAGUACGCCGCAAACGAAAACCUUCAGCGCUACUUGUUGUCCCAUGAAGACAUGCUACAUGGACAGAAGUAUGACAUAUUUGCCCAAGUACUUCAUGGUGUUAUGUAUUGCCAUUCCAUGGAGAUUUCACAUCGCGAUCUCACUCCAGUGAACAUUCUACUGACAGACGAUCUUGUGGUCAAGAUUGCCGACUUCGGUCUCGCCGUAAAGUGCAUUACGGACGCCGGAUCGCUGUUGCUGUGUACGGAUUAUAUCGGCACAGCGUCUUAUCUACCGCCAGAGAUGAUCCUGUCACAACAGCCAUUCCUGCCUAAACCGGUUGACGUCUGGAGCCUCGGCAUUCUCCUUAUCUUCAUCAUCUGUCUCGAGGUUCCAUACAAAGGAUUCCAUGAUGACAUUCUUGCUCAACAAAUGAAAGAAUCUUGGGUAGACUUCCUUAAAAUCAAAUCGCAAGCGCUUGACUACAGAGUUCCAAAAGAAGUCAUUUGUUUGCUUGAAGAGUGCCUCAGAAUUAACGCGAUGGACAGAGUAAACAUUGACGAGAUGUUAUGUAAAUGGGACAAAUGCAAGGCGACAGCGUUAUAAAAACAGUUACAAUUGUUUCACAGUAAUGCAAAAUAAUCGCCUGUGAUACAUGCGUAUAUAUUUAUAGCAAUUACAGUAUUUUAGGCGAUUCUAAUGUUUACCACAUUGACAACGAUGUUGUAUGAUUGGGUUACACAAGCGCUCAUUGGUUGUCACACAUUAGACUUUUAAUUGACAGAUUGUUUAGACGCCAAUGGCAUUAUGCUGAUUAAUGUUGAAUUCAUAUUGUUUAGGGGUAUAGACAAAAUUAAAAAACAUGCUAUUAUAUGAAUAGAUUUUAUUAACAUAAGGUUUAUAUUCAGUUUUUAAUAUAUGCCAUUUGCUCUGAGUGUUAUUUUUCCUAUCUGCGAGCAGUCUCUUUAAUUUCAACUAUCAGAAGAUCUAUAUCGACAUACAUCUCUCGUGGAACAUUCUAUAUUAUGUCAAACGCAGUUCAUAGGAUGGAUCAGCAAACGAAAAUGAAACACUGUAUCGUCUCUAUGAUUUAAAAAUGUUUAUAGUAAUUAUUGUUAACUGCUUUCAAGCGUGGCCGAUGUGAGCUCGUAUCAUUAUAUGCAUUAUAUCUAGCGGUUAUCUUUGUAUACUAUUUGUCAUGAUACUGGCUCUUACUUGCUACCUCACUCAAAACAAUUGAACUUCGUCAAAGAGUAUGAUCAUAUAUCGAUUACUCGUGUUUUGUUAUGUACAUUGUUAAUUAAAUAAUUACAUCGUUGGCUUAUUUUCAUUGUAUAAGGAAAAAUAGAAGUAAAACUGUUGACAGUU